AUGUCGGCAGAAGACUGCGUUAUUGUUGAUUCUAAAGCUGAAUCGGAAGCGAGUUCUGAAUCUGAAGGUAGCGACAACUAUGCAAAUGAAGAGAAAACAAUUGAAAAACAGAAAGAAAAUGCGAAAGAAGCUACUAGUAAUACCAACAAUUUAAAUGGUAAUUUGGCAUCUGGAGAUUCCAUUUUUAAUUAUUGGAGUACGAAUUUAUGUGGAGAUAUUUUGAAAAUUGAACAAGAUAAUAGUACUGUAGGAAAAGAUUCUCAGAGUGCUGCGAGAAAUAUUGAACCUUCGGAAUGCUUUUGUUUUGAUGAAAAAAGUAGUAACGGUAAUAACAUUGUCGAGGAAUUGGAGAAAUGGGCUAUUACUCCCAGGAUUUCAGCAAAUUUUUCAUAUGAUGAGAGUAAAUCAUCUAUAUGUUCAUCAAAAAGAAAGAAAAGCAGAGAGAAGAUGAAGCAGUUUCAAAUGGAAAUUUUUUUUGCAUCGGUCAUUGAAAUGCUUUGCGACGGUGAAUUUGAGGGUUUGAAUAUUCACUUUCGAGAAGUUUUGAGAAAAAUUGCUGGACACUUUAUUCAUUCUUCAUAUCUUUCCGAAGAUUACGGAGCAUUUCGUAUUGCAAUUAGAAGAAGAAUAAUGGAAACUCUGAAUACUACAAACCUUAAAAUCGGGAAUUGUUUAACUGUUAAUACUCCUGAAAAAAGGAGUUAUUUCUUAUCCAGCCGGUACAGCGUCGAUUUCAAAGAAAUUAGAAGGAUUGGACGUGGAGGCUUUGGCGAAGUUUUUCAUGUACAUUCUAAUAUUGAUAACUGCGAUUACGCUAUAAAAAAGAUCCAAUUCAACUUGACGAUGUCUGAGCCGGUGGCGAAGGUUGUCAAUGAAGUUCGUCUGCUAGCGGCUGUUCAGCACACGAAUAUCGUGCGAUACUAUGCAGCUUGGCUAGAGCUGCAAGAUCUGCGGUUAUCAUCAUCUGGAAAAAACGAUGAUUAUCGAAACGAAGGAGAGGAAGUUAUUUGGAAGAAUUCAUCUGAGAAGGAAGAAAAAAACAUGUUAUCGCCAGCUAUUACUUAUUCAAGCUUUAUUCAAAUGGAUAAAAAGGACGAUUCGAGGAUGCAGUUUGCCCCAGUUCCUGCAAAACUGGGUCGUUUUUGGAGGCUGGAAUCUUCAACCAUUUCGAGUUCAACGAUUUCAGAAAACUGGAAGAUGCGACGAACUAUUUCUACCAAUCAAAACUUAGCGAUUACAAGAGGGAACACGAGAACUGACCCAAUAAAUUUAAUUUUACCUCAAUCGGGCACUGCAGUUAUGUUCGUACAAAUGGAACUUUGCUCUCGUACUCUCAGUGAUUAUUUUGUUGAACGAAAUGCCGAAAUCAGACCGAAAAUAGAUCGACAGCUGAAUAGAAGCAUCAUGGAGCAAUUAAUGUCUGCAGUGACUUAUUUACAUUGCAAAAAAAUUAUUCACCGAGAUAUCAAACCGAGUAAUAUUUUUCUUCGUAAUGAGAGCUCUUCUUCAAUUCCAUCUGUACUUUUGGGCGAUUUUGGACUAGCAUGCCUGCACCAAACUAAAGUGUUUCACAAUACUACAGUUGCUGAAAACGAGAUAACCACCCAUAGCCGAGGUGUUGGUACUUCUGUGUACGCGGCACCUGAACAGCAAAAUUCCACCAUCUAUGAUAAUGCAGUAGAUGUCUAUAGCGCUGGAAUUGUAUUUUUUGAACUAUGUAUUCCAUUUCACACACAAAUGGAGCGAUUGGAAGCAAUUGAAAAGUUGAAGAAUGGAAAAUUGAGCAAGGAAUUCAAAACUUCUUUUCCUGAUGAAGCGAAACUUAUUAAGAAAAUGUGUAAGAAAAUUCCAGAAAAACGACUUCAUGCUUUUGAAAUUGUCACUAAACUUGGUAGAAUUGGAGAAAAUGUGGAGUCCCUCAAGGAUCGUAUCAAAGAACUUGAAAAGGAAGUUGUACGAUUGAGGAAUCUUUUGCUUGAUAAUAAUAUUACAGAAAUUUGA